AUGAGCGACAUCGACGUCCCCGUAGAGUCUCCGCUCACCUCGGCAUCCAAGCUGCUGUCGAGCGUCGUCUCGCAACUCUCGACCUCUUCGGCACCGUCCUCCGAGCAACUGCGUCAACUCCAACUCGUCUCGUCGCUGCUGUCUGGCCUGGAUCCGUACCUCGACAGCGUCUCCUCCCCCGCACCAGCCGUGCAGCGCCCAUUGCUGAAAGCCACGGCGGAACACGACUGGGUCUCUGCCUGGUCACGCAAGCAGACGCUCUUCCAGCUCUCCGCUGCCUGGUCUGCCGGUGCGUACGAGGGCAACUUUGUCGGUCUACUCACCAAGCUCACGCGUGCCAAAAAGGCGCUCGAGAUCGGAAUGUUCACCGGAACUACGACGGUGUGCAUCGCACAGCACCUCCCCGAGGGUGGAAAGGUCACGGCGCUCGAAAUCGAUCCUUACCUGGACACCUUCACCCGUCCGCUCUUCUCCCAAACCGGCCUCUCCGACAAGAUCGACGUCAAAGUCGGAAACGCCGUACACCACCUCCAAGCUAUGUCCCAGAACAUUCUCUCGGAUCAAGAAGCGUACGAUAUCAUCUUCAUCGACGCCGACAAACCAGGAUAUACGACCUACUUCAAGACGAUCCUGGAAAAGGGUCUGCUGAAGAAGGACGGACUUCUGGUGGUGGACAACACGCUGUACAAAGGUACACCGUGGACCGAGGGGUUGGUGGAGGAGGAGAUGCUGAGCAUCGGGAAGGAGAACGCGGAUGCGAUCAAGGAGUUCAACAAGGUGGUGAGGGAGGAUAAGAGGGUCGAGGUGGUGGUGCUGCCGGUGAGGGACGGGGUUAGUUUGAUCAUGCGCAAGGAAUAG